UUUCAGCAAGGCUCUGUUCAGUUGUUCUUAUCUACAUCCUAGAAUCAGGGGUUUCAGCUCACUGCUCCUUUUCUUUCUUUUUUUUUUCUUUCUCUCCCCCCACCCCCGCAAAAUAAUUGAUUUACUUUACAGUCAUCCACACUGUGUUUUGUGGAUCUUUAAAAAUAUAUAACAAUAGUAGUCAUUUUAAAAAUAUAUUCUGAAAUCUUUGCAAAUUUUAACAGAAGAGUCGAAGCUCUGCGAGACCCAAUAUUUGCCAAUAAGAAUGGUUAUGAUAAUUAGCACCAUGGAGCCUCAGGUGUCAAAUGGCCCGACAUCCAAUACAAGCAAUGGACCCUCCAGCAACAAUAGAAACUGUCCUUCUCCCAUGCAGACAGGGGCAGCCACAGAUGACAGCAAAACCAACCUCAUAGUCAACUAUUUACCCCAGAAUAUGACCCAAGAGGAAUUCAGGAGUCUCUUUGGGAGCAUUGGUGAAAUAGAAUCCUGCAAACUCGUGAGAGACAAAAUUACAGGACAGAGUUUAGGGUAUGGAUUCGUUAACUAUAUUGAUCCAAAGGAUGCAGAGAAAGCCAUCAACACUUUAAAUGGACUCAGACUCCAGACCAAAACCAUAAAGGUCUCAUAUGCCCGUCCAAGCUCUGCCUCAAUCAGGGAUGCUAACCUCUACGUUAGCGGCCUUCCCAAAACCAUGACCCAGAAGGAACUGGAACAGCUUUUCUCACAAUAUGGCCGUAUCAUCACCUCACGAAUCCUGGUGGAUCAAGUCACAGGAGUGUCCAGAGGGGUGGGAUUUAUCCGGUUUGAUAAGAGGAUUGAGGCAGAAGAAGCAAUCAAAGGGCUGAAUGGCCAGAAGCCCAGUGGUGCUACGGAACCAAUUACUGUGAAGUUUGCCAACAACCCCAGCCAGAAGUCCAGCCAGGCCCUGCUCUCCCAGCUCUACCAGUCCCCCAACCGGCGCUACCCCGGCCCACUUCACCACCAGGCUCAGAGGUUCAGGCUGGACAAUUUGCUUAAUAUGGCCUAUGGCGUAAAGAGGUUCUCCCCAAUCACCAUUGACGGGAUGACGAGCCUUGUGGGAAUGAACAUCCCCGGUCACACAGGAACAGGCUGGUGCAUCUUUGUCUACAACCUGUCCCCUGAUUCCGACGAGAGUGUCCUCUGGCAGCUCUUCGGCCCCUUUGGUGCAGUGAACAACGUCAAAGUCAUCCGUGACUUCAACACCAACAAGUGCAAGGGAUUCGGCUUCGUCACCAUGACCAACUAUGAUGAGGCAGCCAUGGCCAUUGCCAGCCUCAACGGGUACCGCCUGGGAGACCGAGUGUUGCAAGUUUCCUUUAAAACCAACAAAGCCCACAAGUCCUGAAUUUCCCAUCCUUACUUAUUAAAAUAUAUAUAUAAAUAUAUACGAACAAAACACACGCGCGCACACACACAUACACACGCACACACACAAAAGAGAGAGAAACAAACUUUUCAAGGCUUAUAUUCAACCAUGGACUUUAUAAGCCAGUGUUGCCUAAGUAUUAAAACAUUGGAUUAUCCUGAGGUGUACCAGGAAAGGAUUUUAUAAUGCUUAGAAAAAAAGAAAAAAAACACAAAAAAAUACCUUUGAUGCAUUGAAUGUUCUUUCAUAGCUGUCGUUGUUGACUAUAAUAUACAUAGAUAGCGACGUGCAGGGAUUUUUACCCAGCCAGCUAACUUUACUACCUUCCUUGAAGGUGGAUCUUUUUAAGAUGACCAUUCGCUCAUUUGAAGAAGAAAAACAAAAAACAAAAAAAAAUAAUAAAAAUAAAACAAUUUUUACAAAGUAAUGGGAUUCAAAGAAAGAAAAAAAAGAGUUUUCUUUUUUGUCAAAAUGUUGAUCCAAUCAGAUUGGUUAAAAAAAAAACCCACACAAAUUAAAGAGGAAUAAUAAAAAUUGCAAAAAUUAAAGAAACUUUUGCAAAUUUUUUUAUUUUUCCUUUUUUCUUUUAUAUCAUGUGAACUAAAACAGUCUUCUGUUAGGGGAUGGGGGCGAGGGGGAUACCUGAUGACAUUAACAAUUUAAUAACAUUAACGUUGCCAAAGAGGUGGUCUCUUUGCUGAAAAUGGGUUUCAAGAAAAAUCUAUUUUUAUAAAAUAUAAAGAAUUUUUACAAGAGAAUCUGGAUUUGAGAAAAAAAUAUUUUGACUGGCUAAUUUAGGGGAAAUUGACAACUUUGUCGCGUUCAUACUGCACUGGUAACUUUUUAGAGAUCAAGAUGUGUGUUUUAAACUGGAUUCGUAGACUGUUUUUUGAAGGAUGGGCUAUAAACAGAUGAUCUUCAUAUCUUUUCAUAGCAUGUAAUAAUAAUAAAAAAGUUAAUUACUAGGGGAAAGGAGUGUUCAUUCUACCCAGGGUACCACAGUUCCCCACAGUCAAAACCCAAAAGCAAGGAGAUGAGUUGAAAGACAGUUUUUCUUUAAGUCAUCAGUAUGGGAUGUCAGCAGAACAAAAAUUAAAAAGAUUAAUUUUUCCUUUUGAUCUAAAACUUCCUUAGUUUGAGCAGUAGGUGCUACGAAAUUAUUUACAUAUCUUAGUAUCAUAGUUAAAUGUAAUGUGUUUAAGAGAGGAAAACAAAAACUACAUUUGCUUUAAAUUCAUUAAGGAAUUUUCAAAUUCACUUUGUAGCCCAUGCUGAUAGAAUUGGGCUGUGUUGGUACAUUUGAAACACUGUUUAUGUUGCUUGAAACACUUAUUUAUUUAAUCGCAGAUGUGAUGAUGCCUAUGGCCGAGAUCAAAUAUAGCUAGAUUGGCUAGACUACUUAUUUGUUUACUUAAACUAUGGGAAGAAGCAUAUUAUUGUGUCAUUCUGUUGUGUGUGUAUGUGUAUAUACAAUAUAAAUAUAUAUAUAUAAAGUUAUUUUUUCUUUGGGUUAAUUUAUUAUAAGUUGUAACACUUGGCUAGUUUUGUUUGUAUAUGUCUUAAAAUGUUUUCUUAUGAUAUUUAAGUGACAGUUAAAGAGGUAUCAAGGUAACUUGUGUAGAACUAUUGUUUGAUAUAUUGUCAUGUUUGUUGUGAAUAUUUUUUCUUACUGCACAGUAGAAAAAUAAAAACAACUGGGUCUUUAUUUUAAUGUAAUUCAGAUUGGGGAAAACAAAACAGAGCUAAGGGAACAAAAUGACUGAGGGAGCAUUCUCCCACGUCCAGUGCACUGAUCAUUUUAGUAUAUUUGUGCUUUGUACGGUUAUAUAUUUAAAACAAAAACAAAACAAAAAAAUACAAGGGUUCAUGCUCUUCCCUGGGUAAUAGAAACAGUUACUCGCUAUGCAUAAUCUAGUUGAUAGUUAAAUUUGCUAUUGCUUUUCUUGUCUUGUUAUAUACAAUCUUUUCAAUACCAGUUUAGUCUUAAUGGUAAUAAAACGUUAUGGUUAUUUAUAA